AUGAAAAUGUCAACAAAACAAUUCGACACAGGGCCUGUUCAUGUCAAAACAAGUUUCACAUGUGAAAAGCUGCCGCAUGUAAAGUCGCGGGGGAUCCGGAAGAAAAAGAGAUCAAGAAGAGGAACGAAAGGAAAAAACGGAAAAAGAGUCAGUAAAAACAAACACGUCAAACAGGAAGAUCAGAAGCACGCUUUUUCACACAUCGAUCAUUGGAGCCGACAAAGCUGUGCCACGAUUAGCAAAAAUACAACGAUGGACCAACUCCAUGCCGAUCCAGCCCAAUCUUUUUGGGAAAAUUACAAAAAUGCCAUGGGAUGGCAGAACAAACAUUUCAUGAAUUAUUGGAAAUCACGCUGUGCUGCUUUAGAGUUGGAAAACCAGCAUCUGUACAACACAAUUCAAUUGCUCACUGUGACUGGAUCAAAUCUGCCUGAGUCUGUGAAUCUAAAAACUGACGGAGAUGUAACUCACAAUCAGUUACCUGAUGACAUGGAGGCGGAAGAAAACAUUGGAAGUGGAAAGGAAAAGUUGGAAGAGUCGAAUGAAUCGAUGAAAGAGGAAACUUGUCACGAAAAUAAUCAACAAGCUUUGGAGGAAAAUGAAGAUUUCUCCUUCGAAGUGAAUGACGAGAUGAUGGAGUUCUUGGCAAUCUCAGCCAAACACAAAAUGGAACUUAAGAAGAAAAGAGAAGCAGAAAGAGAACAAGAGGCUGCUGAAAUAGCUCAGCAAGUUCCAAGUAAAGCUAAAUUACCAAGAGAAAUCAUGGAAGAGCGGAAAGUGGAAAUGGAGAAGCUCUAUGGGGCUGAUUCUGCUCCUAUGAUUUUGGGGAUGGAGACUGCUAUGCAACUUAGCUAUCAAAAGUUUGUUGAUAGGCACCAGCCAAAACACUGGCCAAACAUUCCGCUGAAUCCGUGACUGUUUUCGUUUUCAUUUUGCAUAACAUGUUAAGUUGUGAACUAUAAAGGGACUAAAAAUUGACAGGCAUUAUUUCAACUAAAGUUCAACUAAGUUUCUACAGUAUGUUGCGUGCUCAAAGCAAACCUGAAUAAAAUAUUUUCUUGUCGCUUAAA